CUUUCUGGCACUGUCACAGUUCUGACAGUGAUUCCAACAAAAUCCGCAAUGUGCUCAAGAAAUUUCUGCUGAAGCGUCCAUCACUACAGUACCUGAGAGACCGAGGCUACAUUAAAGAUCAGGUAUUUGGAUGUGCUCUUCAAGUUCUCUGUGAUCGUGAAAAGAGUACAGUGCCUAACUUCGUCAGCCAGUGCAUCACCACUGUGGAGAAAAGAGGUUUGGAUAUUGAUGGGCUUUAUCGGAUAAGCGGUAACCUGGCUACAAUACAAAAUUUGCGCUUCAAAGUUGACCAUGAUGAGCAUCUGGAUCUUGAUAGUGGCCGCUGGGAUGAUGUUCAUGUCAUCACUGGGGCACUUAAACUCUUCUUCCGUGAACUGCCUGAACCGCUCUUCCCCUUCAGUUAUUUUGACAGAUUUAUUGCUGCUGCUAGGGGGACUGCAGAAAUUAUAGACUCCGCAAAGCGAAGGCAACUCUUGCGAGAGAUUGUGUAUUCCCUACCUCCUGCUAAUUUCAAUACCUCGAGGGUUCUCUUCCAGCAUCUUUCCAGGGUUGUAGAGUUCCGGGAGAAGAACCGCAUGUCUCUGCAGAGUAUUGCGAUUGUUUUUGGGCCAACAUUAUUGAGGCCACAGGAUGAAGAAGGAAAUAUAGCAAUGUAUAUGUUUUUCCAGAAUCAGAUUAUGGAGCAGAUCCUUAGUCAGACGAGUUACAUAUUCCCAGAAAGCUAGACAUAGCACUGUAUAAUGGAGUGGCUUCAAUGUGAGAACAACUCCUCCUGCUGUAAGGAAAGAAGUGCCAUUGGCUAGAGCCACAGAUAGGGACAAUGAAGCUGGGAGAGAAACAUUUGGCAAGCAAGCAAAUCUUCUCUGCUGGAUUCAAAAAGUUUGUUUUUGUAGGUUGGAAACAUGGGUGAGUAAACCCUGUUGGACAAGUAAUGGGCUAAUUGCCUGGCAUGGCAUUCUGCAUCAGUGAUUUUCAACAUUUUCGUUGAUUACAUUAUUUGGUAUGGGGAAAGGGGAGGCUUUGUGAGUGAAUCUAAAGAUUUAUUAGUAAUUAUUUUUCAAGCAAUAACGCUUGUUCUGAAGGAGUUGAGGGAAGUAGUUAACAAUUAAUAUAUUUUUAAUCUUCAGGAGACUUUCUUUAAUGAAGUAUUGUUGAAAAUGUGAGAUAGGCUUGAAGAAAGUCAGAUUUUCAUUUAGUUAACAUUGAUUACUCUGACCCCACCUUAUUGACUGCAAGACAUAAAAUGUCACAGUACUAAUAUAUGAUCACAGUAUUAGCAUUGUAAUUCAGGAUACAGAUUUGUUAUAUUAUUUUCUGUAUAUCAGUUGCUUAUUCCAAUAUAUUUGUCAAUUAUCUGAGGUAAGAUAACUUGCACUUUGAGAUGAAUAAAGUGGAAUUCAACUUAUCUGUCUAUCUGAUCCUUGGGUAACCAAGUUCAAU